AUGGCUGGGACGACGCGGCAUUCAACUUCGGAGCCUCUCCUUCCCUCUCCACCCGAGUCGCUCAAUGGUGACGAGAGCCGAGUUGGCUACGCUGUCUUAGACCUGCCGCUCGGCGACAUCAAGAGCGACUCGCGUUUACGGGGCCACGCGCUGCUCUACAGCGUGUCCGUCUUCCUCUCAAUUGGCGUGUGGCUGUUUGGCUAUGAUCAAGGAGUCAUGUCUGGCAUCAUCACUGGGCCCUACUUCAAGGCAUAUUUCAAUCAGCCGACGGCCACACAGAUCGGAAACAUGGUCGCCGUGCUCGAGAUUGGAGCAUUCAUCACUUCACUCCUCGCCGCCCACCUCGCCGACAAAUACGGCCGCCGUUGGACGAUGCGCACUGGUGCAAUCUUCUUCUCCAUUGGCGGCGUCUUCCAGACCUUUUGCACAGGAUAUCGUGUCAUGGUGUUUGGCCGCUUCGUGUCUGGCUGUGGCGUCGGUAUGCUUAGCAUGGUCGUGCCCAUCUAUCAGGCAGAGAUCUCGCCUGCCGACCACCGAGGCUUCCUCGGCGCUCUCGAGUUCACGGGCAACAUCGUGGGCUACGCGUCGUCCGUGUGGAUUGACUACGCGUCUAGCUUCAUCGAGUCACAUUGGUCAUGGCGCGGACCACUGUCCAUCCAGGUAUUCGGCGGUAUGAUCCUCGCCAUUGGGUCGCUCGUCUGCCCAGAGUCGCCGCGGUACCUCAUCGACAAGGACCAGGACCUCCAGGGCCUGACAGUCAUCGCCGACUUCCAGGGCAAGCCGCUCGACGACUUCAAGGUCCUGGAGGAAUACAAGGAGAUCCGCGACGGUGUUCUGGCAGACCGUGCUGUCGGAGAUCGGUCCUACAAGGCGCUCUGGCAGCGCUACCGCGGACGAGUCCUCAUCGCUAUGAGCAGUCAGCUCUUCGCGCAGCUGAACGGUAUCAACGUCAUCUCAUACUACGCCCCUCUUGUGUUCGAGCAGGCUGGCUGGAUUGGUCGUGACGCAAUCCUUAUGACUGGAAUCAAUGCUCUGUUCUAUGUCGCGUCUUCAAUCCCACCGUGGUGGCUCACUGACGCUCUCGGCCGCCGCCCCAUCCUUCUCUGUGGUGCAAUCGCGAUGGCAAUCGCGUUGACGUCGACCGGUUGGUGGAUCUACAUCGACCAGGCCAUCACGCCCAAGGCGGUCGUCGCGUGCGUGAUUAUCUACAACGCGGCCUUCGGCAUGAGUUGGGGCCCUAUCCCAUGGCUCUACCCUCCUGAGAUCAUGCCGCUUCCCUUCCGCGCCAAAGGUGUGUCGCUAUCGACGGCGACCAACUGGCUCGCCAACUACUGGGUUGGAAUGACCACCCCUGUCUUCCAAGAGAUCAUGGGCUGGAGGCUGUACAUCAUGCACGCCUGCUUCUGUGUGCUCUCUUUCAUCCUCGUCUACUUCCUCUACCCCGAGACGCGUGGGGUGCCGCUUGAGGAGAUGGACAAGCUCUUUGGCGACGAGGGAGAGGGAAGUGACGAUGACGACGACGACUGUGCAGCGUCCGAGACGUCGUCCUUGAUGCCCAGCCAGCGACGGGGACACUCGCCGUCAGGCCUCCCGACUGCACGGACCUCGUCGCCUAUGCCGGUGCGCGCGGACAACUCUCUCCUGGGUCGCGUGACCCACGCGUUUUCGAACGCGUUUGGCGGCCGGCCCGGAAGCCCUACCCCGCGAACUCGGCUCGACCCGGAACGGGGACACUCGCAUCAUGCGGCACACGAGUUUGAGUUGGGCGGUGCGAGUGACGUGAGUGACUCGGAGUCGCACCCUCAUCUUCGUAUCCGCACGCCCGUGCCACCAGGCGCCGAACCUCACACCUAA